CGCUCUGGCUCCUCUUGACCAUCUUCCUACGGCGCUAGCAUCGUAGCUUUCGUAGCUUUCUCUUCCGUAAGCCCUUCACACAUCUUCACGAUCCUCGCCAUGGAUCAGACGUCCGAUCGCAGGUUGCGCAUAGCCUUCAUCCACCCUGAUCUGGGUAUUGGCGGUGCUGAGAGACUCAUUGUAGAUGCGGCAGUAGGACUGCAGAGGCGGGGUCAUGAAGUGGAGAUCUUCACUUCUUACCAUGAUCCGAAGCAUUGCUUUGAGCCGACGAGGGACGGCACCCUGCUGGUGCAUCACAUGAAGACACUGUUUCCCCGCUCAAUAGCGGGCAGCUUCCACUCCAUUUGCGCCAUCAUUCAGCAGCUCUCUCUCGUUCUACAGCUUCUCUUCUCACUCUUGAUUUUUCAAUCUCCUGGUACCUUCCCACGAUGGACCUAUAGCCUCCUCAGCAGCUGCCCGCCCGUUGCGUCCUUCGAUGUGGUAUUCAUGGACCAGCAGGCGUUUGGAGUUCCUUGGAUCAAGCUUCUCGGAGGGACGAGGGUCGUCUUCUACUGCCACUUUCCCGACAAGGAUAUCAGUAACAGUAUAGCCAAGCAGCGUGCGAUUGCUCGUGGACAAUCUGGACCUAGCGCGAUCAGGAAGCUUUAUAGGCUGCCGCUGGACCUCAUCGAGGAGGCGACCAUGGACUACUCGGAUAAGAUCUGCGUCAACUCAGAGUUCACUCAGAAGCACUUUGUCAAAUCGUUCUUCCGUCUACGGAGAAACCCUCGGGUGCUGUACCCCGGCAUCGACACAUCGACCUACGAUGCCGACAAGGUGACGGCGGUCUUGAGGAAAUUCAAAGGAGAGAUUGGCGAGUCUUCGGCUGUCCAGAAGGCCGUUGAGGAGGUGGUGACUGCGAGCGAUCGUCCAACAUUGAUUUCCAUCAACCGCUUCGAAGCCAAGAAGAACGUAGGUCUAGCCCUGCAGGCCUUUGCCGGGGCUCAGAAGGAGCUCGCAGGUCAAGGCGUCGACAUUAGCUCGCAUCGGCUGGUCAUUGCAGGUGGCUACGACAGGAGGGUACAGGAUAACAUUGCCACCUUGAGCGAGCUGCAGAAGCAGGCCACGCAACUGGGACUCUCGCACACUACCCUCUUCUUCACUACUCAACCAGGUCAGAAGGACCCAGACCUCGCAGGCCUCAAGUCUGUCAGCGUGAUCUUCCUCCCAAGCCUUCCAGGUGCGCUGCUGAACACCCUCCUGCUGAACCCCUCUGUACAAGCCCUCUUGUACACUCCCACCGAUGAGCACUUUGGCAUCGUGCCCCUCGAAGCAAUGGCCUGCGGUCUCCCCGUCCUGGCGACCAACACUGGCGGACCCAUGGAGAGCAUCGUAGAUGCCGUCUGGGACUCCACCUCAAGCAGCUUCACCAACCUCGAGACGGGAACAGGUCUACUCCGCCAUCCCUCUGCAACCGUCUGGACCGGGGCUCUUGUGUGUCUCCUCUCUGCGCCUGCUACAGAUCGUGCCAAGAUGGGGGAAACGGCAAAGAGUAGAGUCAAGGAACGAUUCUCUCUCGAGGCCAUGACUUCUGCGCUGGAAAAGGUCUUGACUGAAGCCGAGGCAAAGGGGACUGUGAGAGGAGAUGAGGGCUUCUACCAGAUGGCCAGCUUCGUUGGAGCGCUCGUGGUGAUGAUGUCUGCAUGGAUCUAUAUGCGCUACAAGUACGGGCCGUCCCUACGAGGCUGAUGCGCCCAAUGGCGACUGGAGGAGAAGUGAUCGAGGCGAGGGACGGGGAGCGCUGCAGGUCAAGAGGAG